AUGAAGCGUAUACUAGCAGGACAGUUCAUGAAAGAAUAUGCUUUAGUAGCAGAAAAUCUUUACAUGAUGAUUAUGAAGGAUUUGGGAAAUUUGAAAAUGUGUUACGUGGAAGAUGUGUUAGGGAAACACAGUGAUCAUGAACUCGCCUGGAUGUUUCUUGUGGAUGGAUGUGCAACGCUGCAGUUCAUGCAUUGUUUUGAAAAUUACGAGAAGUUCCGGCGAAUGAAUAUCACUGACGAGCUGGUGGUUUUUGCGACACAGGAUAUACUCUUGCUCGAGAAUCAACUUCCUUACGCACUCCUCGAGCUAUUGAUUAGCUCGGUCGUCCAGAAAACAGAGCAGGAGAUAAUCAGAUAUUCAAUCGACAAGUUCAUUUCUGGUUGCAAUAUAUUUUUAACAGAACGUUUAUCAGCAAAAAAAUUAAGAGAGGUUCCAACCUGCCAUCUUCUGGGUCUUCUGCGGCAGGCAACAGGGGUCGAUUUUAAAGCAGAGAACAAAGCAAGACCGUUUAUAACUGGAGAUUCGCCCACGUUUCACAGCGCGACACAGCUUACGGUAUCAGGGAUCCGGUUUAAGCCAUUUUAUGAAGCAUCCUUGGAAAUUUCUUUCAAGCGAGGCUUCUGGGGAAUCUUACGACUUCCUCCAGUCAUAGUCGAUGAGUCGUUGUUUUUGCCCAUGUUCUUGAGCUUAGCAUCAUACGAAAAGUGCCCAGAUUUUUUGAAUGGGAAAGAGGUCACCUCCUAUAUAUGGUUCCUGGACUCGCUCAUUCAGCAUCCUGAUGAUGUCAAGGUGCUUAGAGAGGCCGGCAUUCUCAUAAAUUUUUUUGGCAGUGAAGAAGAAAUAGCUGAACUCUUCAAAAUGGUAGCCAAGGACUUGGUUCCAAACCCUGAUUUAUAUUCCAAUUUGAGAUUUGAAAUCGAAGUGCAUUACAAGAAAAAAUGGAGACCCCGGAUAUAUCAGCUGAUUAAGGUCUCUCAAGAUUAUUGGACUAUGCUUAAAGUUGGUGCUUUUAUUACUAUCUUUUUUACUGUUGUUCAAACUUAUUUCGCGCUUCCUCUUCAUAAAAGCAAGACAUAG